AUGAACAGCAAACUAAAGAGAUCUUAUCCGUUCGAUUUGUAUCUGGUUCAUUCUGCGGUAGAAGCAAAUCAAAUAGGAGGAAUAGCCAACUCAGAAGUUCCAUUGCACAAAAAAAUGUCAAUUACAGCAGCUCCAAGUGUCAAUGUUUCUUCUACUCAUCAAUCAUGGGCGGCUGCAGAUACAUUAAAUUCAGCGACAACACCAGCAUCAAAUUAUAAACGGGAUAGUUACAGUAAUAAUGAUAGCAUAGUUGUUUCUACUCCCGUUGAAAUGAUCAAGAAGCCGGUUAGUGCACCUAAUGUUGUUACAUCUUCAUCAAAAGGACGCAGAAACAUGAAAAAUCUACAACUAGUAGUUCCACCAGUUCGUUCGUCAAUUUCAGCUCCAAAUUCGCCUCAAAUUCCCCCAACUUCUGGAGCUCAUUCGCAUAAUCGACGCCCUUCAACGCCGAUUUGUGUUUACCAGAAUAAACCCUCGGAGCAUGCUAAUAAUGGUCAAGGUGCUGCUGAUCCAAUGGCAUUAAUUUCAAGAACUGAAAAUGAAAUCGGUGAAGAUUCGCCAUAUAAUGAGGGGCCUAUUUGUAUAUUGCCACAUCUUUACCUUGGCACUGAAUUGAAUGCUGCAAAUCGUCCAAUGCUCAAUAGAUUAAAUAUCGAAUUCAUUCUCAAUGUUGGUAAAGAGGUCGAAGUCCCUUACUUGGAUGAAAUAAAUGGCCUUGGCUCUAAUAAUAAUGCGAAUGAUGAUCACGAAGAUCAAAGCAAUCUUUCCGAUCAAAUUUCACCCGGUCUCUCUACUUCUUCAUCUCUAUCUUCUGAUCAUAGCUAUCAGACGGCAGCCUCAUCCCCAUCAAUUCAUAUCGAUUCUCCUCUUUUUCCCAGAUCGCCAUUUGCUCUUGCACCGAGUAAUUCGAUAAAAAGAGUUUCGUUGACAUCGUCACGCUCGAAUUCAAUGUCUCUUACAUUAGCUCAAAGAUCUCUAGCAUCUGGAAUUCUGCUAACAGUACCAGGAACAAAGGAAUUCAAGCCCAUAAAAUAUAAAAAAUUUUUCUGGACACAUAAUCAAGAAAACCUUAUUGCAGAUUUCAUUCCAGCGUUUGCGUUCAUUGAUGAAGCUCGUUCUGCCGGAAGAAACAUUCUUGUACAUUGUCAGUGUGGCGUUUCAAGAUCCGCAUCACUGAUCAUUGCUUAUGUGAUGAAGAUGAAUCGGAUGACUCUUAAUCAAGCGUACGAAUUUGUAAAGGAUAGGAGUUCAUAUAUAAGCCCGAACAUGAGUCUAGUUUAUCAAUUAGUGGAUUUUGAGAAAACUUUAAAAUUGAGUAAUUCGACUGUUAAUGCAAAGAAUAAAUCGGAACGAGCGAUAACACAUUCAAGAAAUUCCAGUAUUGAAAGUGACUUGCUAUUAAGUGGAUCCGGAAGAUUUCAUGUUAUCACAGCACCAAAACCAUCAUCACCAUUAUCUAUUUCACCUCUUUCAGCUCCAACAAAUUCAUUGCUACCUACAAGCACAAGUUACUCUCCAUUAUUAUCUCCGCCUCUUCAUAGUUUGCGACCGAGAUCUCCUUCUUCUCCCGCAGAACGUAUCUCAUCAGCAUCCCUGAAUUCUCCGUUAUCACCAACUUUUCCGAUAAAAAAAACCUCAUUAAGUUUUUUUAAAUCAAAUGACAAUCCUCCAUCUCCUCCUUUACCCAUUUCAUUUUCCGAUUACGAUUUUUCUUUAUUUCCUUUUGCUUCGCGUCAAUCUUUGAUAAUUGACAAUAAUAAUAACAACAAUGACAAUGUGGUAAUAUUAGGUGCUCAAGAACAACCCGGAUUUUUCGAUAGUGGCUUAAAAUUGGACAGUAUUUUCUCCCCAACGAGAACUACCUCGCCAGUUACUACGCCUAGUUUUAAUGAUUUAUUAUGGAGUGAUGACUGA